UGUGCACAUCCGGAUUCUUUCAAGAUGGCGGUAAAAAAUAAAGCAUGCUCAAACAAAAGUACAUUUUUAUUAAUAAUUUUCAUACUUUCAACAUUUUUCGUCGUCGGACUGGCGAAGGACGAUAAAAAAGAAGAUGAAGCACAAUCUAAGGAGGCAGAGAAUGUCAAAGUCGACGAAGAAAAAUUAAAAUAUGCCAAAGGGUCUCUAUGCAAUUAUUGCGAUUAUUGCAAGUUUUGUAAGCUGUGCGAUGAAGAUUGCCCCUGUGAAACGAGCCCCAGUCAACCAAACUGUCACAUGUGCAAGUAUUGCAAGUUCUGUCACCUGUGUAAAGUGUGUGACUCUAUUUGCCAGCCAGGAGGCAUCAUAGAUCGAGUAACUGCAGCUCUGGUAAAUGCUCUUCCUCACCAUGAUCCAGAGGAAAUCAACAAAGAUAUAGAUGGAGUCAAAGAAUGGAUAGAUAGGAAAAAAGAUGAAUUAUAAGCUUAUGGAUAUGAUAGGAUAUGAUAGAUUUUAAUUUGUGUAAUAUUCUAGCAAAACAGAACAAAUUAAAUGUUUAUUGUUAUUCAUGCCUCACUUUGAUAAAUGAUAUUCUUGAUUCUGUACCAUUUAACAGACCUAAUGUUUUUUUAAUGUGACAGACAGUCAUCACUAUUCAUAUUCAUGGAGAAAAAUCAACAAACACUGACAUCAGCAGUGCUAAAAAUAGCUUGAAUCUUUGUAUGUGAGUGCUUUAUAUAAUUCAGAUAAUUAUCAAAAUGUCAGAUACAAACAUUACUAACAAUAGGAUCUUUUGUAAGGUGCAUGGAUUUUGAAGUAUUCAAAUCUAAAGCCAUAAAUAUUUGAAUGCUGAAGAUUGACUUCAUUUUCAGAUCUAACAUUUUACAGUUUCUACAUUACAUCAUAGGUAACAUUGAAAAUUAUAUCUGUGCAUGUUAUUUCUGAGAUAUUGAUUGUGGGAAUUGUAACAGUUGUAUGCAGCUGUUAGGAAUGUUAUUUAAAGUUGCAUCAGACACGUCAUCGUGGACAUCUGUUCAUCAACAAACGUUCAAUUACAUAAUGUUAGCUGUGCUGAUGAAGCUUUUGCUAGUAAUUUGCUUCCCAAAUGCCACUAGUAAUAUGUCAGUGUUGAUAAAAAUUGGCACUGUGUUUAUUUUUAGUGUGAACGCUCUACCAUGCUUCAGUUAGUUUACUGAUUUCUUGCUAGUAGAAAAUGAGUUGUUUUUUUUUUAUAUUUUUAUUUUAUGCAGAGCAGUCGACACAAAGGUCCACUACAGAAAGCCUUUGCUGAUUUGUCUUUCUUAGAGAUAAAGAUUAAUUAGAGCUUAAAUUGUAUUGUUCCUUUACAUUCCAUUCUGACUUUAUGUCAGAGUUGCUGGUUCUCUUUUCUACUUUUGUAGUUGUACAAAUAAACAAAAUUAGUGUUUUGUUUGUGCUGUUGAUUUGAAAUAAACUUUUCAUUAUCUAUUUA